UGAAUUGACAUCAGACGUCAGAGCAAGGGAAAAGAAGUUCACGAAACUGUAUAAAUUAGUUAGAAACUAAAUUACCAAAAUAACAAUUAGUUUAACUUUUAAGUCCGAAAAAAAAUUUAUGCCAUUAAUUCCAUGUAGUAUUAGUAAGUUGUCAUUUGUUUAGAAAAUUAGACAUUUGGCCAGUUGGCAACGCUACUACUCAUUACAUAGCAGUAUUGUUUGUCUUGUCGGUUAAAAAAUAAAUACAAAAUGUGCUAACAGAUGUGUUGGCACGAAAGAAGUUAUUAACCUGUGUCUAUAAACACAAUCAAUUUGAUGUAGGCCUAGGCGAGAAAGCGAUGGGGCGCGGCGCGCGCUGGCGCUUGGCGGCGGCGCUGGUGGCGGGCGCGCUGCUGGUGUGGCUGUGGCGCGGCGGCGCGCGGCCGGCGGGCGCGCAGCGGCGCCGCGAGCUGAACGCGCCCGUGGAGGGCCGCGAGCUGCCGCUCAUCUUCAUCGGGGGCGUGCCGCGCUCCGGCACCACGCUCAUGCGCGCCAUGCUGGACGCGCACCCCGACGUGCGCUGCGGCCAGGAGACGCGCGUGGUGCCGCGCCUGCUGCAGAUGCGCCAGCACUGGCUGCGCUCGCAGAAGGAGUCUGUGCGACUGGAGCAAGCGGGGGUGUCCAAGGCGGUUCUGGACAACGCCAUAGCCGCAUUCUGCUUGGAAGUGAUCGUGAGGCACGGCGAGACUGCGCCGCGACUGUGCAAUAAGGACCCGCUCGUGCUCAAGAUGGGAACCUAUGUGUUGGAGCUGUUUCCCAAUGCUAAAUUCUUGUUCAUGGUGCGCGACGGCCGGGCGACCGUUCACUCGAUCAUCACGCGCAAGGUGACCAUAACGGGCUUCGACCUGACGAGUUACCGGCAGUGCCUGACGAAGUGGAACCACGCCGUGGAGCUGAUGUACCAGCAGUGCAAGAGUAUGGGCGCGGACAAGUGCCUGAUGGUGCGGUACGAGGCGCUGGUGCUGCGGCCGGGCGCCACGAUGCGCCGCGUGCUGGACUUCCUGCAGCUGCCCUGGCACGACGCCGUGCUGCACCACGAGCAGUACAUCAACCAGCCCAACGGCGUCGCGCUCUCCAAUGUGGAGCGGUCGUCGGACCAGGUGGUGCGGCCCGUGAACCUGGACGCGCUGGACAAGUGGGUGGGGCAGAUCCCGGCCGACGUGCGCGCCGACAUGGCGGAGCUGGCGCCGAUGCUGUCGGUGCUGGGCUACGACCCGUGGGCCAACCCGCCGCGCUACGAGGCCACGGCCGACGCCGCCGUCACCGAGCGGCGCCCGCCCUAGCCGCGCUUGUUGCACUCGCCCUACUCGUAAUAAAUGAUAACACCAAAUUGUAUUGUAUUUUAUUCUGUCUCUGCCGACCGAGCACGAGCUCAGCGCCAUCGGUCUGUACUUCUGGACAGAUACUUUAAGCGAGAACUGAGCGUCGUGAAAAGAUCUAUCUAUCGAUUUGACAAUUGAAAUUGUAAAAAAAACACAAAUAAAAACAUUUCCUAAACAUUCGUGGUU